GGUUGGUCGGGGCGCUCGCGACAAAGUUUAGGCAAGUUUAAAAUAGGAAAAAAACAUUUUAGUUCGUGCUACAGCCAGUGCUUGGGCAAUUUUUAGGCUCGUGCGCUCGGGCGCGUGCGUGUGCGGGUGCGCGCCGGUCGCCUCACCUGUCGACUAUAACGAGGAAGUGCGCGUGGGUAAAGAAGGCAUUUCCGCCAAUGGCAACAGUUGUAACGCCGCAGCUUUCUUCCCCAAAAGUGUGUGUGCGUUUAAUUCCGUGAAAUUAUAAGGUAUUAUAUUAUUAUUAUUUUUAAGGAAGAGGAGAAAUCAUUCAAGAAUAAGUUCCUGAAGGUAUUUCAGACGGGUCUUGGUCUUCUUGUGAAGAUGAAUGAACUGCUGAAGGACGCUUCUAACAGAACUUUGAUGAUGGAUUCAGGCAGCAACAUGAGCGAUUUAGCUUCUCGUUCUUCCUCUUCUUCUUCUUCUUCUUCUUCAUUGUUGCUGUCCAACAUAUCUAACAUGUCCAACGUGACGGUAGUCAUAGCGAACGGGACUCUUAUGGAGGGGGGGAUCUUUCUGAACACAGUUACUGCUCAGGCCCUGUCCGGGAUAUUUGUGUUUUCUGCGCUGCUCAUCACGUGUCACCAGAUCUUCAUGCACCUCAGGUCAUACACAGUGCCAAACGAACAGCGUUACAUCAUCCGUAUCCUCUUCAUCGUGCCCAUUUACGCCUUUGACUCUUGGCUCAGCCUCUUAUUCAUCAGCAACGACCAGUACUACGUCUACUUCGACUCUAUCCGCGACUGCUAUGAAGCUUUUGUAAUCUACAACUUCCUGAGCCUGUCCUUUGAGUAUCUAGGAGGAGAGAGUGCCAUCAUGGCCGAAAUACGAGGAAAACCCAUUCCGUCAAGCUGCAUGUACGGCACCUGCUUUCUAGCUGGAAUGAGUUACUCUAUUGGCUUUUUAAGAUUCUGCAAACAGGCCACGCUUCAGUUCUGCGUCGUGAAACCCAUCAUGGCCAUCAUCACUAUCUUCCUACAAGCCUUCGGCAAAUAUCACGAUGGAGAUUUCAACGUGAACGGAGGCUACCUCUACAUUACCAUCAUCUACAACGUCUCUGUGAGUCUGGCUCUCUACGCUUUGUUCCUCUUCUACUCUGCCACCAGUGACCUCCUGAGGCCCUUUGAACCUGUGCUCAAGUUCCUGACCAUCAAAUCCGUCAUCUUCCUCUCCUUCUGGCAAGGCAUGAUCCUGGCCAUCCUGGAGCGUUGUGGCGUGAUCCCAGAAGCGCUGUUCAUAGACGGGCACAAGGUGGGCGCAGGGACGGUAGCCGCCGGAUGGCAGAAUUUCAUCACUUGCAUUGAAAUGUUCUUUGCCGCCAUCGCACUCCGUUACGCCUUCACGUACGACGUAUACCAGGAGAAGGAGAGCCAAGCUCCAGAUAACGUCGCUCCCAUGCACAGCAUCUCCAGCGGACUGAAGGAGACGAUCAACCCCGGAGACAUGGUGCAGGACGCCAUCCACAACUUCUCUCCAGCCUACCAGCAGUACACGCAGCAGUCCACGCAGGAGGUGGUGCAGCCGAGCCAGAACGGCAAGCUGGGCCCCGCCGUCAGCAAGAACACCAAGAAGUCUGACAAAAUCACCCUGAUCGACACGGACGAUGAGUUCUAAGAUGAGAGCGGCCCUAUGUGUGUUUGUGUGUAGGAAUGAAUGUGUGUGUCUAUGUACCUGUGCUUUUAUAUAUAUAUAUAUAUAUAAUCAAUAUAUUGGGGGGGAACGGGAGCCACAGGUACGUAGAACAUCCUGCAAAAAUACAGAGCUCUAUAUUCAAGACCACAUUUUCUGCGUUUAAGGUUAUAUAAUCACCGAUUGACCCGAGUCGAGUUCUUAAGCCUCCUGCACGCUGAUAAUGAACGUCCAUCAAAUUCCAGUGAACUCAUUUGGUGAUAAAAAGGAUUAGCAGAGCGACGAACACACUCUCAUCAUGUCAAGGCGCUGCGCCAGCUUUCACGGCCUUACGUCACCGCCCGAUCGAUUUGCAGUCCCGUCCCUCGUCUCACUCUGUACCUUACCCUAGUUGAGAGACUCCUGGAUGAGUUUACAGCAUGACGUCAGUGUAAAGGAGGCGAUCAGGAAGCUCGCACCUCACAGGGCACCUCUUUUUGAAGUAUUCGCUCAGGACGGCCAUCGGCUCCGGCCUCCCGGUGCACUCGGUUUCUGGGCACCGCUCUUCAAACUGUUCACCCCAGGCUCUUUGAAACGCUUCUUGUCUCCUGCAUCAAGGACAUGAUGGACGGCCGUAAGGACUUUACUUUCGACCG